CGGCAAUCGUGAUUGUUCGUUGUUGCAUCUUUGAUUCUAACCUAAAAAAUAACGCCGACUUGUAUUUUAUGUAAGUUUAUUCUGUUUAUUGUAUAAUUUUUAAUAUUAUUUAUACAAAUUAAGAAAAUUUAUUAAAAACAAGGAAAUUUUAAUAACUUCUUAAGGAGGUAAAUAUAGAAGAUCACAAUGGAUAUCAGGCCAAAUAAUACAAUUUAUAUCAAUAAUUUGAAUGAGAAAAUUAAGAAAGAAGAAUUGAAAAAGUCUUUAUAUGCAAUAUUUAGUCAAUUUGGACAAAUUUUGGACAUUGUAGCACUUAAAACUUUAAAAAUGCGAGGUCAGGCUUUUGUUAUAUUCAAAGAAAUUGCUAGCUCAACAAACGCUUUAAGAUCUAUGCAAGGUUUUCCAUUUUAUGACAAACCAAUGAGAAUACAAUAUUCGAAACAAGAUAGUGAUAUGAUUGCAAAAAUGAAAGGCACAUUUGCUGAGCGACCAAAAAAACCAAAACGUAUUUUACCAGCGGCCGAAGAAGAGGCAAAACGAGCCAAAAAACGUGCCAAGGAUCAAUCGAAACAUUCACAACAAGUUGGUUUCAAUACCGCUGGUGUUCCUCAACAUAUUGGUUUGGCAAAUGCUGCAGUUCCCGAACAACCACCAAAUCAAAUUCUCUUCUUAACGAACUUACCAGAUGAGACGAGCGAAAUGAUGUUGUCCAUGUUGUUUAAUCAAUUCCCUGGCUUUAAAGAAGUCCGAUUGGUUCCCAAUCGACACGACAUUGCCUUCGUUGAAUUUGAAAAUGAAGUACAAUCUGGAGCCGCGAAAGAUGCACUUCAAGGCUUCAAAAUCACACCUUCUCACGCAAUGAAAAUUUCUUUUGCCAAAAAAUAAUUUCUCAUAU